AUGCUGGGACUCACUCGCAGCAGCGUACGGCAAUGCCGCAGCCUGGUGCAGCGGCCUGCAGCGGCUUUCUGCAGGGUCAGCAGGCCCUCUGCACGGGUGCAGCUGCGCGCCACGACCGAGGCUGCCGCGAAAUCUGAGUCUAAGAAGAAGAAGAAGGACGAGGAGGACUCUGACGAGGAGGAUUUCCUUGAUGGCCCUGAGGUGUCUGUCAGCACUGCGCAGGUGGAGCUCAAGCUCGGCGGCUUCGCGCUCAAGGUCCGCCGCAGUGUGGAGGGCGCCGAGCCCGCCGCCGCGGCGGCGCCCGCGCCCGCGCCCGCGGCGGCCGCGGCGCCGGUGACGGUGGUCACGGCCGGCGGGUUUGGCGGCCUGGAGGGCGCGUCCCCUGAGGACAGCGUGGACGAGGCCCUGGUUUACGUGACGUCACCCAAGGUGGGGGUCUUCCGCCGCGGCAAGUACGCCGCCAACAAGCGCGUCGGCAAGGACAACUUGGUCAAGGACGGGGACACCCUGAAGAAGGGCCAGACGGUGGCGUACGUCGAGCAGCUGGGCACGUUUGUGGAGAUCAAGGCGCCGCAGGCCGGCGAGGCCGCGCGCUUCUGCCUCAACGAGGGCGACCCCGUGGAAUACGGGCAGGUGGUUCUGGAGCUGGCCCCCUUCUUCGGCGGCCACAUCAUCGGGGACAGCAAGUACGCGUGA